UACAACAACUCGGGCAUCCGGACGCCCAACCUGGACGCACUGGCCCGGCGCAGUGUGGUUUUCCAGAACGCCUUCACCUCCGCCAGCAGCUGCUCCCCGAGCCGGGCCAGCAUCCUCACCGGCUUACCCCAGCACCAGAAUGGGAUGUAUGGGCUGCACCAGGAUGUGCACCACUUCAACUCCUUCGACAGCGUGCGCAGCCUGCCCCUGCUGCUCAGCCAAGCACGUGUCCGGACAGGCAUAAUUGGGAAGAAGCACGUUGGGCCUGAGGCCGUCUAUCCCUUCGACUUCGCCUACACCGAGGAGAACAGUUCAGUCUUGCAGGUCGGGAGAAACAUCACACGAAUCAAAGCGCUCGUCCGGCGGUUCCUGCAGAGCCAGGAUGAGAGGCCUUUCUUCCUCUACGUGGCCUUCCAUGACCCGCACCGCUGCGGGCACUCCCAGCCCCAGUACGGGGCCUUCUGUGAGAAAUUCGGCAAUGGAGAGAGCGGCAUGGGCUGGAUUCCUGACUGGAAGCCACAGCUCUACCACCCAGAGCAAGUGCAG